CGCGCGGGGUCUCCAAUCUGCCAUUUUCUGUCCCUGAAUAGGUUUCUGGCUUUCCAAAUUCCCUCUGUUUUCCUCACAGAUUCUGUUCUGCCCGCUGGUCCACCACCUCAGGGGAACGAUGGCCGCAGAGUCCACAGCCACUGCCGCCAUCACCGCGGAGCUGGUUUCCGCCGACAAGAUUGAAGAAGAUGCUCCUGCUCCCUCUACCUCUGCAGAUAAAGUGGAUAGUUUGGAUGUGGAUAAUGAAGCUAAGAAACUGUUGGGUUUAGGACAGAAACAUCUGGUGAUGGGGGAUAUUCCAGCAGCUGUCAAUGCAUUCCAGGAAGCAGCUAGUCUUUUAGGUAAGAAGUAUGGAGAGACCGCUAAUGAGUGUGGAGAAGCCUUCUUUUUCUAUGGGAAAUCACUUCUGGAGUUAGCAAGAAUGGAGAAUGGUGUGUUGGGAAAUGCCCUGGAAGGUGUGCAUGUGGAAGAGGAGGAAGGAGAAAAAACAGAAGACGAAUCUCUGGUAGAAAAUAAUGAUAACAUAGAUGAGGAAGCAAGGGAAGAGUUGAGAGAACAGGUUUAUGACGCCAUGGGAGAAAAAGAAGAAGCAAAAAAACCAGAAGACCAGUCUCUGGUAAAGCCUGAAAUUGAUAAAGAGCAGGAGACUGAAAUGGAGAAGGGUGGAAGAGAAGAUAUGGAUAUAAGUGAGCCUGCACAGGAACUACAGGAAAAAGUUGAAUCCACUCCAGAUCAGUUAGCUGAAACCACUGAGGAAGCAAAAGAAACAGCACCAGAAGGACUGAAUGAAGCCAAGGUCACUUCUGAGAAGAGACCAGAGGAGGAAGCACCAGAUGCUGAGGAAGAAAAAUCAGUUUGUAGAACUGACAUCCAAGAAGAAUGCAGAGAAAAAGGAGGUCAAGAAAAGCAGGGAGAAGUAAUUGUGAGCAUAGAGGAGAAGCCAAAAGAAGCUUUAGAAGAGCAGUCUGAUAUGACUCUUGAAAAGCAGGGUACUGCAGUGGAGGCAGAAGCAGAGCCUAUAGAUUCAGCAGUCAAGCCAGUGGAUGUGGGUGGGGAUGAGCCAAAGGAGCAGGUAGCUGCCUCUGAAAAUGAGUCAGGAAAGGCUGUUCUUGAGCAGUUGGUAGGGCAAGAAGUGCCUCCUGCUGAAGAGUCACCAGAGGUGACAGUAGAGGCUGCAGAGUCCUCAGCUGUAAAAGCUGGGUCAGAAGUCUCUGAGAAGCCUGGGCAGGAGAUCACAGUUCUCCCUAAGGAUGGUGCAGUCAAUGGACUGUCAGCUGCAGGAGAUCAGACUCCUGUUGAACAACAGACUAAUGCAGAAGGACUGACAGAAACAAAAGAUGGCUCAGGACUAGAGGAGAAGGUCAGGGCAGAGUUGGUUCCUAGCCAGGAGGAGAUUAAGCUGUCCACAGAAGAGUCUGAGGCAGCUGGAGAUGGGGUUGAGACCAAGGUAGCCCAGGGGGCUACUGAGAAAUGCCCUGAAGACAAAGUUAAGAUAGCUGCUAAUGAAGAAACACAAGAGAGAGAAGAACAGAUGAAAGAGGGUGAAGAAACUGAAGGCUCAGAAGAGGAGGAUAAAGAAAAUGACAAGGCUGAAGAAACACCAAAUGAAUCCAUUCUUGAAAACAAGUCUCUUCAAGAAAGUGAAGAGGAAGAGAUUGGGAAUCUAGAGCUUGCCUGGGAUAUGCUGGAUUUAGCAAAGAUUAUUUUUAAAAGGCAAGAAACAAAAGAAGCUCAGCUUUAUGCUGCGCAGGCACACCUUAAACUUGGAGAAGUUAGUGUUGAAUCUGAGAAUUAUGUCCAAGCUGUGGAGGAGUUCCAGGCUUGCCUAAACCUUCAAGAACAGUACCUGGAAGCCCAUGACCGUCUCCUUGCAGAGACCCACUACCAGCUGGGCUUGGCCUAUGGGUACAACUCUCAGUAUGAUGAGGCAGUGGCACAGUUCAGCAAAUCCAUUGAAGUAAUUGAGAAGAGAAUGGCUGUACUAAGUGAGCAGAUGAAGGAGGCUGAUGGAUCAUCUUCUGAAUAUGAAAAAGAAAUUGAGGAGCUGAAGGAACUGCUACCUGAAAUUAGAGAGAAGAUAGAAGAUGCAAAGGAGUCCCAGCGUAGUGGGAAUGUAGCUGAAUUGGCUCUGAAAGCAACUCUGGUUGCCAGUAGAAAGCCAACAGAUGGUGCUUCCUCAUCUAACUGUGUGACUGAUAUUUCCCACCUUGUCAGAAAGAAGAGGAAACCAGAGGAAGAGAGUCCCCGAAAAGAUGAUGCAAAGAAAGCCAAACAAGAGCUGGAGGUGAAUGGAGGCAGUGGGGAUGCCGUCUCCAGUGGAAAUGAAGUUUCAGAAAACAUGGAGGAGGAGGCUGAGAAUCAGGCUGAAAGCCGGGCAGCAGUGGAGGGGACCGUGGAGGCCGGAGCAACAGUUGAAAGCACUGCAUGUUAAGAGAGGGCGCAGAGCCUUCCUCCUGAGGGAAAGUGUUUUUGUAUAUAAUGUAUUUUUUCACUUUGGGGGGAUUCUUUUUGUAUAACUUCAAUAAAGAUUGUAAGCAAAGGUUGAGGCUUUGAUGAUUUUUUUUCUUAAACAUUGGCUGAAUCUGUGCCUUGGAACGCUCCAGGUUUUGUAUAGUGGCCAAAGGCACCCCCCACUCCCUUUCUGUACUGUUCUCAUCCAGAUUCCUACCUAUUGUGGAGGUGAUCAAAUCAAGCAUGGUUAUAGGCCUUUUGUCUUCCAAUGGUGCUAUGCUUUUUCCAUUUUAAAUAUUGCACUCAGCUGUGUUGCAAACCUUCAGUGGUGCUGUCCCUGGAUGGGGGCUACAAAAACAAGACUUGGUGAAGAUCUUGCUCUUUGGUGCUGAUACUUCUGUUUGAUGGACUUUGUGAGCUGAUAACCGCCUCUGAGUCAGCCCUUGGUACUUUUAUCCACUUAGUCUCCAACUGGGGGCCAAUAAUUCUGUCUGGAAAAAGAACUCUGAAGAAAACUUGUGAGGGAGUGGUGGGGGAAACCUUGAGAACUGGUGUGCUAAUUAUAGAGAAAUGAGCUUUCUGGUUUGAAAGUGGCUGAGGGACAGACUGGACCCUUUGGAUGUGCUUGGGAGAAUCUGUGGGGAGGCUGGUUGAUGGAGUUUUGUUUUCUGUACAGAAAGGCUGAAAUUAUCUAUCAACUUGAAUCCGAAUUGUUACCCCAUCUGCAGUUUUGACUUCUCAAAUAAAGAUGCUAAAAAAGC